AACAAAGAGAAAGUGGGAGAGAGUGAGACGGGGAGAGAGAGAGAGAGAAAAGAAGCAUGCAUGGGUAUGGUAAUUGCGUUUGCUAUGUAGUUGGUGGUGUGUUGUUUGGUGUUUGUAUGUAAUGGUCAUAUGCUCCAAUCCUCUCUCUUUCUCUUCUCUCUCUCUUCAGUCCUUUUGAUUACCUCUCUCUCCUUCCUCUCCACGCCGCCUCUCCUUUUCCCUCUCUCUUUCUCUCUCUAAUAACCUUACCAAUAACACUUCCACUCCCUCUCGCAUUCUUUCCUAAAAUUGGCUACAUUUCCACAUCCUUACAAAACCUAUUCGAAAACCCUCUCCUUAAUUCCCAUUUCAGCAAUGGCUUCUUCAUCGGAUUAUAUCUAAUGCCGGCGCUUCUAUCACUGGUUCAUUAAAGGUGGUUUCUUGGGGAUCUACGCGUCCUCGUAUAUUGCUCGCAAUUUUGUGAAGGGGGACUCCUUAAUUUACAGGAAUUCACCGAUGGAAAAGGGAAUUAACGAAUUAGAGUUUGAUGAAUUUGAGGAGCUUCUGGGUGAGAUUCCAAAUGCUACUUCUGGGACCGCUACUAAUCCUGAGGAAUCUGGACUCAUGAAUUUCUCAAAGGACGUGAAAAGGGUGUCUUUGGAUCUCUCGAACGGAUCGCUCAGUGAUGAAAUUCAGAAUGAUGGUAUUUUGGAUGAAGAAAAAUUUUCUGUGCACCAAAUUCGGCAAUCGCACGUCAAGAGGGUUGAACAGGAAGAACAACCAAAUCUGCCUGAUGACCGGUCACUGACCUCUGCUUUUGCAGCUUUGAGCUUCAAUGAAGGGGCAACAGCAGGAGCUGCAAUGCCUCCAUUGGCCAAUUUUAAACCCUUUCAGAAUCAACCUAUUUUGAUUAAUGGGCGAUUGCCCCCGAAUGUGGAUUCCCGGGCAAUGUUUGUCCCCUCUUUCGGUUCACAGAAUAAUUCCUCUAGCAGUUUUGAAAUUUUAGGGGCAAAAAGAAGUUUCCAGGAAUUAAGGAAGCAACCGGCUGGUUAUUGCCAACCAAUUGAGAAUUUUUCUGGCUCUUUGCCAUUGACUCAUGGAGUGCCGGGUUAUCAAGUUCACGGACUGGAGUUCCCGAACUUUUCUGACCAACAACACUACUUCAUGGAUCCCCAGUCACAACUUUCUUAUUUACAUUCACAACAACUAAACCAACCUCAUGUUACAUGGAUGUCUAUGGAAGAGGAACGAUAUUACAGGAUGCAUAAGCAAUACCUUUAUAUGCAACAGCUUCGAAGUCAGCGGUUGGAAUCUCAGCAUUCCAUUCGAGCACAUGGAAAUGUGGCGGCUAGGCUAACGAGCCAGAACUUACGACAACCACAUAAUGAACUCUCUGAUCAGGAGCCCAUGCGCAAUAAGGCUACAGUUUCAAGGAGCAUAAACCUAUCUAGUCCUGUCCUGUCCUCUGAAGAUUUCAACAAAAUGCAAGGUUUGGACAAGGGGGGGAAACAGAGUUUUCCUGAGAAGAUUUUAACAAGAUCACAUGGAUUGAACUCUCUAAGAUCCGUCAAAUUUGGCUCUUUCAUGGGCAACGAAUUACUUGCCGAGGUAAACCAAAAUGGAAGAGUUCUCUCAAAUGGUAACUGCCACCAUAGUUUUCCCAAUUCUGAUGCUGCAUUCCAGUUACAUAGUGUAAGCUCGCGAGGUUUGUUGAGUGAUAGUGCUGAUCUGAAACUUAAUAGUUCAAGGCCACUGCCGCAGUACAACUCUGUUGAUGAAAUUGCUGGAAGAAUAUAUUUCCUGGCAAAGGACCAACAUGGGUGCCGCUUCUUGCAGAAGAAAUUUACUGAUGGUACCCUAGAAGAUGUGGAAAAGAUUUUUCUUGAGAUCAUUGUGCAUAUUGUUGAGCUCAUGACGGAUCCCUUUGGGAAUUAUCUUGUCCAAAAGCUCCUUGAAGUGUGCGAUGAGGAUCAACGGAUGCAGAUACUUUGUGCAAUCACUAGAAGAUGUGGGGAUCUUGUUAGGAUUUCUUGUGACAUGCACGGGACUCGGGCUGUUCAGAAGGUUAUUGAAACCCUCAAGACUCGGGAGCAGUGUUCCAUGGUGGUUUCCUCACUGAAGCCUGGUAUAGUUACUGUGAUAAAGAACAUGAAUGGAAAUCAUGUUGCACAACGAUGUUUGCAGUAUUUAAUGCCUGAAUAUUGUGAGUUCCUUUUUGAAGCUGCAAUUGAUAAUUGUGUUGAACUAGCAACAGACCGUCAUGGCUGUUGCGUGCUUCAAAAGUGCCUCAGCCAUGCUGAUGGUGAUCAAAGGCAUCAUUUAAUCUCCGAGAUUACUUCAAAUGCUCUGAUUCUUUCUCAAGAUCCAUUUGGGAACUAUGUUGUGCAAUUUAUCUUUGAAAUUCAUGCUCCAUGGGCCACGGCGGAUAUUCUUGACCAACUGGAGGGUAACUAUGGGGACCUGUCCAUGCAGAAAUAUAGCAGCAAUGUGGUUGAGAAAUGCCUGAAAUAUGCAGGAGAAGAACGCCGAUGUUGUAUUAUCAAGGAGUUGGUAAACAAUCCUCGUUUAGAUCAAAUUAUGCAAGAUCCCUAUGGCAACUAUGUUAUACAAGCUGCAUUAAACAAUUCAAAGGGAUCUCUUCAUGCUGCAUUGGUGGAGGCUAUUAGACCUCAUGUUCCUUUGCUCCGGACAAGCCCCUAUGGGAAGAAAGUCCUUUCAAGCAAUUGUCUGAAGAAAUAACUUACAGGGAGUACUCUGCAGCUAAAUCUCUCAUUUGCUGAAGGUUUCAUUGCUAUGGAGGGUGCUGUAAAUUUUGUACUAAUAAACAAGUAGAGAGAAGCUCUGAAGUCGGGUUUUGAGACAUUCAAGUUUUUGUACUUUUUCGAGAGGUUAAAUGGUUAGAGCUUCUUUUUACAUGGCAUCUGACAAGAUGAAAGGUGCCUUUCAGUUCUUUAUGCUGCCCCUAUUUAUUCCAUUUUGACUAUUUACAAGCAACUCUGGCAGCAUAUUCACGUACUUGUACAUUUUCAUUUUGAAUGUUCCAUAGAAAUAAAGAAAUUGUAAGUGUCGAAUUGUUCCUAA